UGUGCUUACACAAUGACAGUUUCCGUCAGUUUGACUCUCGUAUCGUAACCGCGUUGAGCGAGCGUUUUUUCGUUUUCAAUUUUUAGUCGGAACGACGAUUUCAUAAUUUCACGCCAUCGGACGACGUCGAUUACGUUAUCAGAUACAGAAAGAGACCCGUUUUUGAGAUAAGUACAAGCUGUACUUGCUGUACUUAAACUCUCAACUUCCAGCCAGAGGCCCAGCGGAGAGCUCGAGCGGCAGCUCCGAAAAGUUUGUUGUCGUCACGUGAUGUGAGACGAAUGUGGCGAUAAAAGUUUGUUUAGAUAGUAAAACUAGGUGGCGUACUACAUCAUUAAAACCUACCGAACACCGUUUUCACCAAAAUGCCUCAACCAAAACAUCGAAAGAUUGCUGUUAUAGGUUACAGAUCUGUAGGAAAGUCAUCUCUUACCAUACAGUUUGUGGAAGGACAGUUUGUCGACUCCUAUGACCCCACCAUUGAAAAUACCUUUAACAAAUUGGUCAGUGUGAAUGGUCAAGACUUCAAUCUUCAGCUGGUUGAUACUGCUGGACAAGAUGAGUACUCAAUCUUUCAACAAUCCCUUUCAAUGGACAUCCAUGGGUAUGUCCUCGUCUACUCAGUGACUUCCAGUAAAAGUUUUGAAGUUGUGCAGGCUCUACAUGAGAAGCUGCUAGACGUGGUUGGGAAGAUGCAGGCUCCAACUGUUCUUGUAGGAAACAAAAAAGAUCUUCACAUGGAAAGAGUUGUCAGACCAGAGGAGGGAAAGAAAGUUGCCGAUUCCUGGGGUGCUGCAUUCAUGGAGUCUUCAGCCAAGGAGAAUGAUACUGCUGUGGAGGUUUUCAAGCGGAUCAUUUUGGAGAUGGAGAAAGCUGAUGGAAAUGCACCACCGGAGGAGAAGAAGUGUGCUGUAAUGUAAAAGUGUAUCCAGGACAUCAGUAAGCUCAUUUGCUGAAGACAGGAGGCACAACUUCACCAGCUUGCCAAUCGUGACCUCGCCGACACCAAGACACUGCAGUGGAUCUUUCUGCUCUUUUGUGAUACCUGAUUGAUUUGAUUAGCGAGGCAACUGCCCAGACAGUCGAUAAACAACCUCACCAAUUGUAACCACAGGAAGAAGGUUCUAAAAGCAAGAUAAAUCUUUGUUUUUGACAAAGAGGCACCGUCGGUGAACACUUUCUUUAAAUAUUGAAUUAUAAUUUGUAACUGGGAAAAAAUUGGACUUUGAGUUCAACCAAAUGCUCAGAAAACGAUACACAAAAAUACAUUGCCAAACAUAUUGGUCCCAAUUCAUUGCAUUAUUUUUUGGUCAACAUAUUAUGAUAAUUAUGAAUCUAAUGUUUGAGACAUCAUUGGCUUAUGUCUCGUAACUAUUUGAGUAGUUGAGUUAAUGUACAGUUAGGGCUGGUUAACCUUUUUAAAGGCUGGUAUUAUUUCAACAGGUCUUUUUUGACAGUGAUGGAGAGUCACAGUUCACAUUGCUUUAAAUGUGGUGUUAAAAUGUCAGUAUCUCUCACAAAUGGUGGAUUUCUUUGAACACCCUGGAUUGAGAUAAGAAAUUUUGCUGGUUUCACAGUUCUUCUCACUGUAAUUUUUAUCAACUUCUAUUCAGGUACCUUUCACCAAUGAACUCUUGAACUGUGUCUUCACGAUGGAGGGAUGUAUUUGUAUAUCUAACAACUCACAUUAUACGCUCUUCUGCUAAGCAGAUUAGUCCUCUUCGAUUGUUUCUUGAGUUUAACUUCUCCUCAUCGACUGUAAUAAAGAUGGUUUCUUUUGGACAACCCUCAGAGAAAUUUAGUGUAGAUUGGAAUAGAUCUAUGAUAUUACCAUUUAUGGCCUUUUUAUACAAUAUAAGUAGAAACUUAGGAAUUGGUUUGAUACUAUUGGUUAUAUUUUGAGUGGUGCAGGUUUGCUCUCCCUUCAGUAUCCUAAGUAGAGUAUAUUCUUAUAAGUGCAUUGUAAUUAUGAACAUUGUUGAGUUGCAAUUUUUCAAUUGCGUUUUAACACUGCGUAAGACUAUUUAAGUGGCUGAAGGCUACAGAGGUAGCUUAGUUAUCUUUAAGCUUGUGGUUUUGAUUUGAUGGUUCACACAGGCUGGUAUGUAGUCCAUAUAAUUCAUUUUGUGGACUUGCAUGAUCACUGUCUGAUCACUGAUCCUUAUUACCUUGUUUUUCUUAGAUCCUGUAGCCUUACAAAGACACGACACAACGUGGAUUUUUUCCCCCCAUAAUCCUCAUGUUGUACCUGUAGUGGGUAAUUGUAACUUUUUAUCAAGUGCUUUGCUGAGUAAGUAGUUGAUUGAUUGACUGAUGAAGGUUGAACAGAAGCUGGUGAUGCUGUGUCUUGUGCCUUACAGUUCCUCAAACUCCCUUAUCUGCUUCCCUUCAUGACUCAAGGUGCUCUUAAAGGGUUUUUUUUCUUCUGUUGACUUGAUACCAUGGUGCAGGUGGUGUUGUGCAUCUGAACACCAAUAUCCCCUUGUGGGUCAAUGUUAAUUCAGAAAUCUUGCUGUAAACAGUUUUGUAUAUAAAUAAAUCUGUUACUCAUU